AUGUCUAAAACACUGCCAAAGGGGCUCUAUGCUCCUCUCCCCGUGUUCUUCAACGCUGAAGAUGAAAUAGAUGUUACUGGACCGGGAAUUUUGCCCAUUGUUUCUGCUAGCAUGGGAGAAGCGGUACACUUGACCUCGCAAGAACGUAUCAAGUUAAUACAGACUCUCCGAAAUGCUCUUAACUCAAUUGGCCUGCAGAAGACACCAAUUGUCGCCGGUGUAGGAGGUAAUAGCACUCGUGAGACAAUUCAGCUAGCUCGCGAUGCUGCUGCUGCAGGUGCAGAUUUCGCCCUUGUGAUCGCUCCUGGCUAUUGGGCUGGUUAUCUCAAGGGAAACCCAGCGGCGGUUAAAAGAUUUUUCGUUGACGUCGCCGCAGGCUCGCCGAUUCCAGUGGUCAUUUACAAUUUUCCUCCUGUGACGGCAGGGAUCGAUCUGGAAAGUGACGAUGUGGCCGAAAUUGCAAAACGGGCACCGAACGUUUGCGGCAUCAUGCUAUCAUGUGGUAAUGUUGGCAAGCUGGCAAGAAUCGCAGCCCUGCUUGAUGGCACUUCUUUUACAACAUUGGCUGGCCUAAUCGAUUUCCUCCUCCCUUCAGUGGUGGUCGGCUCCGCUGGUGCUAUUAGUCCACUACCCAACAUUGCGCCGAAAUUCUCCAUGAAAUUAUGGGACUUGACACAAAAUCUCCAAACUAAGGCAGAUUUGAAGGCAGCACAAAAGUCUCAAGGCUUGGCUUCUCUCGCAGAGUCUGCUUUGUUGAAGAGCGGAGUUCCCGGCUUGAAAGCUCUGUUGAACAAGGACUUCGGAUACCCUGCGGUGCCAAGAUUGCCCCUUCUUGCUCAUAGCGACGUGGUAACGUUAUCCCAAAACCAGUACAUCAGCGAUAUUUUGGAUCUGGAGAAGGAUUUAUAA